GUAGAAACUGAGCAUACCGAGCACUUGCUCAAAUAAUUUGCCCAAACAUUUGAACAAAGUUUUCAACUCGCACUUAUUGUCGCGUUUCGUUCUGCUAUAUUUUAAUUAUUUUUGGUUUUUGUGUCGACAAUGGUCAAAAUUCCCGUGAGAGUCCUGAGGCAGGUGUGCCGCUCAAUCAUCUGCCUGGAGACGAGCAUGUGGCGCUUCAUCAAACGGCAUCGCGUGCGAAUAAUUCGGAUACUUCAUCCCCUGUCGGCAGCCUUGCUGCUGCUCGCCGUUGGAUUCUUUUUUAUAUACGAAAUGUUUUACAUACUGCCCGAGCUUUGUGACACGUCCGGCCUAUUCUAUCAUUUCAAUUGGCUGCUCUGCGUCUUUCUGCUCCACAAUGUUGCGGGCAACAUGAUCAUGUGCUGGCGCACAGACACAAGCUUUGUGGCACUGCCCAAGAGUCGACAGCAUCCGCUGCCAUCGGAGGCGCAUCUGUGGCACUUGUGCACCCACUGCCAGAUGCUGGUGCCGCCGCGUGCCUGGCAUUGCCGUCUCUGCAAUUGUUGCAUGCUGAAGCGGGAUCAUCAUUGCAAUGUGACGGCCAAUUGUGUUGGGCAUCGCAAUCAGCGCUAUUUUGUCGGCCUGCUGUUCCACCUGAGCCUGGGCUGUGGCAUUACCUUCGUCUACAAUGUUUACCAUUUGUGGAGCCAGCGCCAGUUCUUGUUCAGCGAUCCCAUUGGCUAUUUGGGCCUAUCUGUGGGCUUGAGGUUCACGAGUCUCCCGAGUCAGAACAGCAAUGAUCCCACACUCGAUUCCAAAUUGACCUGGAUGAUCAUAAAUGGCGGCGUAAUCAAGCUCAAUAUUUUCGCCAUGAUAUUGGCCGGCUCGCACCUGAUCCUGCAGCUGAUCAUGAUGAGCCGCGGCAGCUGUUUGUAUUCUGUACGUGAUCGUAGCUAUGAUUUCGGCUUUUGGCAAAAUCUUCAGCUGGUCUUGGGCAAGCGUCUGUUCUGGACUAUGCUGUCGCCGUUUGUGCCCAGCCCCCUGCCCCACGAUGGCACCAAGUGGCAGCAGCUUGCUCUGCAGCAGGGGGCCAAGAAGCCCGUAUAAAUGGAUUCAUUUGUUUCAGGACGGCAAACUCUGAACUGUAUUCACAUAAUAUAUGUACGUUUGUUUUAUGCCCAGUCCGAAAUCGAGUUUAACGCCUCAUUUAAUCGA